AUGCACAGCGACGCUACGAAGGUGGAGAUGACGGCCUCGGUGAAGCACGACGUCCCGAUCGAGAAGAACGUGCUGGCUCCGACGUUCAACAGCCGCGCGAUCGGCGUGGCCUUCAAGAAGGAGCAGGCGAUCGUCAAGGACUAUCUGAAGACGCUGGGCGAGGAGCAGCCGGAGGAGUGCCAGAAGCUGGCGGACAGUCUGGCGGCGACGGGCUCCGCGGAGAUCGGCCCCUGCGCGAACGGCGCCAAGUACACCAUCACGCCCGAGAUGGUGACGUUCAAGCCGACGGUGCUGAAGAUCCACGAGGAGAAGUUCAUCCCCUCGGUGGUGGAGCCGUCCUUCGGAGUGGGCAGACUGAUCUACUCCAUCCUGGAGCACGCGUUCUAUGUCCGCGAGGGAGAGGAGAAGCGAAACGUGAUGGCGUUCAAGCCGACGGUGGCGGCGUUCAAGUGCUCCGUGAUGCCCAUCAACAACUCCGAACAAUUCACGCCCAUCGUGGAUCGCAUCGGAGCGUCGCUUCGCUCCUACGCGCUGGCCUUCAAGACCGAUGCUUCCUCGGCGUCGAUCGGACGACGCUAUGCGCGUGCCGAUGAGAUCGGAAUCCCGUUCGCUGUGACGAUCGACUUCGAGACGGUCGACGAAAAGAGCGAGCUGUUCAACACCGUCACCCUGAGAGAAAGAGACUCGAUGAAGCAGGUGCGAUUGCCUAUCGAGGAUGUGGCCGUGGUGGUGAACGAUAUCGUCAAGGAGAGAACGGUGUGGGAAGAUCUGCUGGAGAAGUACCCUCAAGUGAGUGUGAAGGAGGAAUAAUGGGGAU